AUGACAAUUACGCAUAUUGAAGAAAAAGAAUCAGAACCUUCAACUAUAGCUCAAGAACAACGAACAAAAAACGAUGAAACUUAUGCUUUAAGAACAAUCUUAUUAAUUGGCAGAACUGGUAGUGGAAAGUCUACUUUGGCAAAUGUGAUAACUGGUACCGAUGAUUUUAAAGAAAGUUCAGGCUCUAUUAGCGAAACUAAAGAAUAUGAAAUUAAAGAUUAUUUAAUCAAUGGAAAAUCUUAUAGAAUAGUUGAUACAGUCGGAAUUGGUGAUACAAGAUUGACAGACCAGCAAGUUUUAAAUAAAUUAGCAGAGGCAGCUGAUCGUAUUCAAUUAGGAUUGUAUCAAAUUUUGUUUGUUGCCAAUGGGCGCUUUACAGAAGAAGAAAUUAAAGCCUAUGAUUUAUUGAGAGAAGUUGUUUUUGAUAAAGAUGUUGUUAAAUACACUUCUAUUGUAAGAACAAAUUUUCCUGAUUUUAAUGAUUAUGAUAAGUGUAUGGAGGAUAUUAAGAACAUGAUUGGAGAAAAUGAUAGUCUUUCUCACAUAGUCCAAACAUGUAAAAAGGUUAUUUAUGUAGAUAAUCCACCAUUAACUGGUUAUUAUAAAGAAGUGGGUAAAGCUUCUAGAGCAGAUUCGCGAGAAAGAAUAUUAGAUCAUCUAAAAGAUUGUAAUGAUAUUUAUUUACCAAAAAACAUUGAAAAAGUGAACAAAAGAAUAGCAGAUUACAUGUCUGAAAAAGAUAAAUUAAAAAAACAAGUAGAAGAAUUGAAAAAAAAAUUGGAAAAAGAAACUGAAGAGAAAAAACUAUUGGAAGAUGAAAUAAAAAAACUAAAUAGUUUUAUUAAAAGAUGUAUUAUAUCUUAA